GAAGCUGUGGCCUCCCUCCCCACUUUAUUACUUAAUUAUUUGACUUUAGAAAAAAAAAUAAUUAGUUCAAUUUACAUCUCGGUCAUAGGCCUCUCCCUCCUUCUCUGUCCGCAUGAAAACGGAAGGUCAAUGAGUUUUCUCUUCAAGGUAAGAAAGCAGUGCAACAGAAGAUUACUCCUGAGGAGGCUGUAGAUACCCUGAUCAAGCGGCUUGGGCUGGAUGCAGCCACCAAACAGUGUGGAGCUGCCGUAGCACCAGCAAAACGCGAGUUCCUGGUUUUUGACAAGCGGUCGGUCAGAUCAAAUUCAUGGAAGAAAUGUCCAUCCGCUUCUCCGAGCCACACCCCCUAGAACAGCCUGCUCCUGGUUCAACAUGGGGUUUUAAAUAACAGCCUUGCCUACAGCACGACGGCAUAGGACUCCAGAAGGGAGGUUCCUUGACUUGGCCUGGAGGAGAUGUCCAGGUGCCCAGGCCCAUGAUAACCAUCUUUGCUUUGGUACUGAGUUCCACGAAGGCGACUAUGGUUGCUGCCGAAAUCUUUCUGGCAGAGCAGAUGUCUGUGUCCUGGGUAAGGAGGCUGGGGAUGGGGGCGUAUACCCUGAAUGAAGAGACGGUUCUUCUCUAACUUCUUAUUUACAAGAAAGUAUAGACUUGCUAAUGAUGGGAAGAACAGGUCUUAAACAACUUACUGAUAAAGAGCCUACAGAAAUAAAAUGCAGGAUGAUUAUUUCUUCCACACUGAUAAUAAUUGGCAGGUCGUAUUAGCACGUUCCUCGGAAUCUAUAGAUAAUCAUCAUCCUAAAGAUCCCCUUUUAAGAAGAUACUCCAGGAGUAUUACCUAAAAUUACAACCAGUAAAUCCUAUAGAGAUCCAUUUUAAUGUGUUUACAGAUGUCUCUUCAAAAGGACAACGAGCUUAUAUUUAACGUAUACAUUUCACAUCCUCCACAAACAAGAUUGUACCGCGGUUGUCUGACCUCAGUCACUCAGCUUUUAUGGGAUGUUUCUCGGCCAUUGAAUAUUGUAACUGACUCUACAUAUCAUGCUCAAACUGUUUCUCUUAUAGAAACUGCUUAGAGAUUUAAGCCCAAGCCCACUAUUAAUGUUAUUUCACAAUUAUUCUUUGUCCUUCAGACAUCUAUAAUGAACCUGAGCCUUUUUCGUGUCCUUAUGUUCUUGCUCAUUCUAAUUUCCUGUUAGCACCCGCGAGUGCUCAAGCCGAUGUGCUAGCUGCCUCCUUGCCCCCUGGUCCUCUGUUACAGGCUGUUCGAAGAUCUCAUGAACUUCAUUAAAAUGCAAAAUCCUUACAAGUAGUUCUCUUUACCUCGUGAACAAGCACAGCAUACCAUCUGAGCCUUGUCUGUCCUUCUUCUUUUACCCCACUGCCCUCUGCUGGCAUAAUUAAUCCUCAAGGAUUAAAAUCUGGUGCCAUUUGACAAAAACAUAUUAGUCAUAUCUCAGAAUUUGGAAGUUUAGAGUUUGCUAAUGUAACAGUUGAUAUAUUUAAAUAUUAUUGUUGCUUCUUAUCACAAGGAUGCCAUCAAUUGUUUAUAACUUGUUUCCUUUCCUUUCUUCCAUUCCAGCUAAAAACUGAUAAUAGUCCUGCUCAUAUUAGCAAAUGCUUUAAGGAAUGUUGCAAUUUAUGGAAUAUUAACCAUGAUAUUGAAAUCCCUUACAAUCCACAGGGUCAAUAUAUUGUGGAACAGCACCAUCAAAUAUGUAAAUAACAUUUUAAAAAAGAGGGUAUAUAUACCCACCUAAAUCAUCACAUGCUAUACUACAUUUAGCCAUGUUUACUUUAAUUUAUUUUUUUCAUUUUAAGGGAUAGUGCUUCUUUUGCUGCCCCAAAACAUUUUGCCUUGUAGGAGACACAGCCCAAUGUUAAUUUUUGUUAAAUGAAACUAUCUAGAAACCAAUCAGUGGAAAUGACCAGUUGUUCUUCUAACAUCGAGGCAAAGUUAUGCUUAUGUCUUCCCAGAAAAUGAAUGGAGUCCCAGAUGGCUCCUGCUCCAGAGCAUCUGACCAAGCCAAUGCUGAUUUGUGGAGAAAGGAAGACUUUAGCUCAUCAAGUCAAGACCUUAAGAAGAAAACAAGGACACAGUACUACUGGCCCCCAAAAUAAUGCUGUUAUGCUUACUGACUGUAUUACAUGUUAAUUUUCAGUUUGCCAAUAUAGAAUCCAAAUGCCUUCUGUCAGGGAGAGAAAAGUCAUGCCCCUAAUAGAAGACAGUAUGAUAUUGUUUUGCCAUGCGAAAGGUUGUUUUUAUACUCUUUAAAAAAUCACCAGUACCAGGAGUCAUUGCUACACGCAAAGAGACGUUUCAAAAAUGGCCUGUACGAUUAGUAAAACUACUAACAUUACAGCAAGCAUAUUAGUAGAAAUUAACCAAGAAAUGGGUGAAUUGAGAGCCACAGUCCUACAAAAUGGCACUACUUCUAUGUAUUAUUCGUUGCUCAAUCAUAAUCUUGAUUGUCAACAAUUUCCUCUCAAAGUAUGUGUUGCUUUAAUAUGACAGAUGUCUCUCAUUCUAUCAAUGGUCAAACUAAUGAUCCGCCAUAAAGAGGUAGACAAAAUCUCUCAAGUGACCUUUGAAGGCCACCCUGACUAAGAUGGCUUUCUCCUUUCCUUGGUCCCCUGCUAACGAUUCUUGUAAUUCCGUUCUGCUUGUUUGUAAUAGUUAGACUAGCCGUGCAGGCAAUGUAUACAACCUCAGCCUCUACUACAGUUCCGACUUUCUCUUUAAAAAUUAAAAAAGGGGGGGAGAUGCUGGAGAUGUGGAGGGCCUUAUGCCCACAGAUAAGCGCUAGAAGAAUCUGGAAUGUUGGCACACAGGGUUCUUGCUUCAAGGGAAGGAAUGCUCUAUCUGUUACCUUCCCAGAAGCCUGGGAGGGACAUGUCUGACCUUAGUGCUGUCUGUGUGGCCAGAGACCACGCCAGACCCUUUUCGUAGACUUCUUCGUCCCAGUCAACCCUCAGACAUGUUUAAGGAAGGCGUCACCUGUAGUCAACCUGUAGGACCUACCUACCUCCGUGGAAGAUGUCACGUAUACUUUACAAAAGAGUUUCAAUGUAGCCACACCCGCUCUUUAUUUCUCUUAUUUUAUUCCCGAAAGAGACUGAUGCAUGCUUUAUUGUGCGCCUAGGGCCAAGUUAAUUAUCAGGAGGAAAGUUUUCGCUAAAUUGGGCCGAGCUUAAACAUGCCUGCAACAAACCACUCGGGGCCGGACUCCUGAAGGUCUGUUGAAUCGAGCCACUUCUUGCCUCCCACAGAGCGUGACUCUUCUGGUUGUGGAGAAACCUCAGAAACCUCCCGCAGUAAACAAGUGGGCUGACGUUGCUCUGAAAGCUUGGUUGCAGCAGUUUCAUACAUGAAGUACCUGCAGAUUACAAAGAGGAGAGGGAUCUGGUGCAGGUGCUCUGCCUGGCUCUGGCCCCUGAGGCUGAUAUUCCCAGGGGCGGCCUAAGUCUCAUCAGCCAAAAACCCAAUAAGCUGACCAAAGCCUUAGACAAGAAUUGUGACGGCAUGCACGUGACCUCUAGAAGCUCAAGCGAGACGGUAUUUCAGCAUGGGGCAGGGCAGGUGGCCAGCCCGAGCUGAGGGGCUACAUGCAUUGGAGUGCUUCUGGGAGAGGGAAGGCCAGUUUUUUUUUUUUUUUAAACUAUGUAUGACCCCUGAUGUGUUGACCACACUGUGGAACAAACCCGCUGUGCCCAGGAGUAGGUGACCAACACAAACUGGACUUGAUGGGAGUUGAACAUAAUGUUGAAUGGGUAGGGAGGUUGGGGAGGAUCUGGGGGAAGCUGGGAGAGAGGGAUGAAUAUGGUCAGAAUGCAUUGUAUCAGAUUCUUAAAGAAUUAAUAAGAAACAUUAUUUUUUUUAAGGAAUAAAUAACAAUGGUCUCCAGUGACAAGGAUCUCAUGAAGUGGCAGGCUUCACAAAACUGAAAUGGAAUGGUACGGACUCUCCAGUCAAGUAACGUGUGAAGUUCUGCAAGAUCUCACGGGAGGUGACUUCAGAUUGUGUCACGCCGACAUGGGACUACCCAGCACAAGGUCAAAGAGCAUCAUCUAUCAUCCCAGGCGGCACCCAGAUACCCUGAGAAUAGAAUGGUUCCAACAUGCCUGGACAGGGCUUCUAACACAAGGGGCUGUCACUUACUCAGCAUGAGUCUCCAAAUGUUGGAAGGGGCAGAAUUCCUUGUUUUAAGCCCAGAGGAUCCUGCAGAGACUGCUGCACCAACCAAGGACCAUGCAUGGAGAGGACCUAGACCUCCUGCCCAGAUGUAGCCCAUGGCAGCUCAGUCUCCAUCUGGGAAGCCGUUCAUCUCUCUGCAAGGCCCAGCUCAGAGAGAAACCCCUUCCACUCCGGUGUCCUUUGACUGUACUGCUGGCCCAUUCAGCUCCAGGAACAUCAGUGUCAGCUGGUUGAAAAACAGGGAUGAGCACCCAGUCUCAGCGCCAUACGUGGCGCCUGCCGACAAUCACUCUUACAAUGUCACCAGCAAGGCCUGGGUGACACUGACCAAGCAAGACAGCUUGUCUCAGAUCACCUGUGAAGUCACCCAUGCGGACCUCAGUGAGCCCCUGAAAGCGACCAUUCAUCUUUCUCAAGUGCUCCGAGUUAUCCCCACACUGAACAUCACCACGGAGCCCCCGGAGAUCCGUACGCAGCCGAGAGUGAACUUGACUUGCCAUGUAAACCACUUCUACCCUCAAAAUUUGCACCUCGUCUGGGCUAAGAAUGGGCACAAGAUCCUGACCGUGGAGUUCCCCCCGGCCACCAGAAACUCCGACGGGACUUACUCUCUAACGCACACCUUACAGGAAGAUGCCCUGCUGCAAAAGAGUGAGUUUACCUGCUGGGUGGUCCAGGGUGACCAGCCUCCGGUCAAGAAAAUCAUCACCCUGGAAGCUCCCCAAAAGGCCAAAGGAAGGAAAGACAGCUCUCACCACCUUGAAGGCCCCCUGCACCGGUUUACACCUGGAACAAACAUCCAAUUGAAAUACAUGUCCUCUGCGCUGUCCACGCGUCAGGUGACCGUGACCUGGCGGAAGAACAACCGCAGCCUCCUCCAGACCCAGACCAGCGUCUUCUCCAGCGGGGACACCUACAAUGUAUCUAGCAUUGUUUCCAUCCCACUGGAGAGAGAUGACAUAUUAUCUUCAGUCCUCUGCCAGGUUGAGCAGAAUUUGUUAGUGGUUUUCCAGAAGGUCAUCUACUUGGACCAGUACCUCUGUGUUCCUCCUACAGUGAGAGUGUCCCAGUCUUCGACCCUCUCUGGUCUGGUGGCUGUCACUUGCCACGUGCAGAGAUUCUAUCCACAGGAUGUGUUUCUCACCUGGCUGGAGGACUGUCACGUGCUCAAGAGUGUGGAUAAACUUACACCUAGGAGGAACGGGGACGGGUCCUUCACCUUGGAAGUCCUCAAAUUUGUAAACACAUCAGGGCAGAGGCCGGAUCAAGUACUCACUUGCAAGGUGGAACAUGAGGCGCAGCCUCCCAUCCAUGCCAGCGUCAUGCUGUCCUCAGUAUCCUACACCACGUCCAAAACCAUUGGGAGCCUAGGUUCAGAGAAAUCUAUCCAUAUUUUUCUGGCUUUCCUUGUGUGCUACAAGGUACUUGUGGUGGUGAGUUCCCUAGCCAUCUACAUAUACAGGCGAUGGAGCCUGUGAAAGGUGAGUUUGAACAUGGGCCUUGUCGCUUAGAGAGUGAGGUUACAGCCAUGGUUGUGAGUAGCAAGAGGACUUCAGAGUAAACACGCAGAAAGUACAGGCUACACCUUCAAAGAGUCUCACAAAUGUCAUCGAGCCUCAAGAGGAGAGUAUGAAUACUCUCAUUUUCUCCAAAUAUCUCCCAACCUCUAAGAGCUGAUGGUGUGAGGAUGCAAUAAUAGUCAAGACCUAAAACUCCAAACACUCUGCCCACCCAUUGUUAAACUGUCCUCUGAUGUCAACCAAAAGAACACAUCCAAAAGAAUAGAAAUACUGACUGGUGGGGAAAAAAUGAAUGUGCAUAUGAAGAGAGGUCGGGACCCAAGAAGAGGUGUAGUAAAUAGAGGCUUAAUUUCCGAGAUUCCUCGUGAAUUCAGGAAAAGGAGAGAACUGGCUACUUAGUGUGUAUUCGACAAGUACUCGUGGAAUUAAUACAUGGAUGAAGAAACAAACGAGCAAAUGACUUCUCCUUCUGCAUGGCCUGUAAUACCUUGCCUGUUACUGUCUCUAAGGAGCUCAAGUGGAGAGAAGACGCAAGGACCUGUUGGGGAUCCAAGCCUCUUGCUCUUCGCUCUUCCACCUUCACCACAGAUGCGUUCCCUCUGUACACUGUGAGAGAUGGACUUGGGUUAUUUAGGGAUGUUUCAGGCUCAAGAUAUGGAACUUCAAGUGAACUCUUUUUACACCCAAAGGCAACUGAAUGAUGAGGAAAACAGAUAUUCACUCUGUCUCUGAUUUUGGUCAAUCCUUAAUUUUCCAGUUUCCACUACCAACUAGAAUUUCUGCACAUAUGAUUUAAAUUCAGCAGACACAAAACUUCAAUUAGUGGGCUGUUGAAAACGCAUUUUUCUAUCUUAAAGUGGUUAAAAAAUAGAAAAUAUCCCUGGGAUCACUAUAACAUUUUGUAAAAUAUUAACAUUUUGCCCAUAUUAUCUUCUACACAUUUCUUUUAAAAAUUGCCCUGAAUUUGCUGGCUUUCUAUCCAGUCGCGGUUUAAUACAGUUAUGACGUACGCAUUAUCUUUAAACAGCAUGUAGUAUUUUUCAUUUUUAUUCUUUGUAAAACCUAUUCUGUUGUAGACAACAUUUUGAAACAUUAUUUCUUUUUUAUGCUUAGUACACCCUGUGAAUUUAUUAACGUCGAAACGUAACUGUUUUAUCCAUUUUGCAUUGCUCUGUGGUCGUCUUGGUAAUAAUCUGCCAUAUUAUUAGUGCAUCUCCUGAUGGACACUGAACCUUUAUUCAAUGCUUUCACUCUUACAAUCUUGUGAGGUUCUUUUCUUAGUCUCUUUGAGGACAUGCGAGAAUCUUCCUUGUUCCUCAAGCAGCUCACAAAGCUAUAGUGUCGGCAACAUUUAUAUGGUUUGUUACC